CGGCUUUCCUGGGCUCGGUCUUCUCUUCUUCAGUUCCGGCUCGGAAAAACCAUCGAGGUUGACCCGACCGGUUGCCAAGUGCCACCAGCUCCGCCUCCUCCCUUCCGCCGCGCGACGCCGGGAACCCGCCGCCGUCUCCAGCUCCCUCCACCAACAUGGCCGAGAUUGAGAUAAAAACAGCACCAGCUGACUUCCGCUUCCCUACAACAAACCAAACCAGGCAUUGUUUUACUCGCUACAUUGAGUACCACAGGUGUUUGAACACCAAAAGGGACGAUGCUGGUGAUUGUGACAAAUUUGCUAAGUACUACAGAUCUCUUUGUCCCGGAGAAUGGGUUGAGAAAUGGAACGAGCAGAGGGAGAACGGGACGUUUCCAGGACCUCUCUAAAUCUACCGGCUCAGACCUCGCCUUGGACUAGUCAAUGCUCCGGCCAGUUCCACUGUUGUAUUCUGCAAUUCUGCUUUCAAGUUCGUCAAUGCUUCUGUCCCUUGCUUUUCAAGCAGUCGCUAUGAAACUGUUAGUGAUGCUUUCUUUACGUUGGCCUAAUAAUUGGCUACAGUUACCUCACAUUCGACCUCAUGUGGACCUCACUUUAUUCGUAUAUACGUGUGAAUUUAAACUCGCA